AUGCCAUGUAUCAUAGCAACAUUUGCUGAUUUCGGAGAGCUGGAAAAGAAUAAUACGCAAAACUUACCUGGAUUUAUUCAAUACAAGUCAACCGUGCACACUUUGGAUAAGAAGGAUUUCGAUCGCAUACGGGGAUUGACUGCAAUACGACUACAAUCACAAUAUGGCCUCCCACUUGAGAUCGAGAGAGAGUUCCGAGUCCGAAUCUGGGUGAAUGGUGAAGCUCCAAAAUUCUAUCAUAUCUAUGGCUUGAAAAUCUGUAAUAUUGAGAACAUGGUAGUACGAUUUUUCUGGAAACCUAGUCCGAACAAUAAAGGGGAAGAAGACGUAGGUCAGAAAACUGAAAACAAUGAAACUUGGGAGAAACUUGGAUCAUUGUUGGGUACCAUUAUUAGUUUGAUGACAAACAGCGGUGAAUUGCUGCAAAAAUUUAAUAAUGUGAUUUAA